CAUCACAUUUGUAAACACACACACAUACACAGCUAACAGUUGGGUUUCUGUUUGCGUUAGCUUUCUGAUGUGGUGUCACAUUAUAUUUUGAUAUAAACACGCCAGCCGUGGUAUGUUAUCAUUGUAGCGGCUGGCUAGGUAACAUUAUAGUGUAAAUACAUAUCUCAAUAUUUCCUGUUACGUUAAAGAACGAGGGACGGUGGCUGAAAACCGGCGGAAAUAAAACAAAAAACAAAAGGAAAAGCCUAAGCUAGCUAUCCGGCUAAUUAAUCCGAAACGGGGAUCCAUGUGAGGAAACUGGUAAUGACUCGAGAGAAGAUGUAGCUUGAUAAAUAAAUAAGUGUUGGCCAGGAGAGGAGUGGAACCUUCUGGACCUGAGACCUGGAUUUGUUUACCUGGAAGAGUCAUCAGACAUCUUUUCCUCAAUGGAGAAAAAGGAGAAGAAGCCCAGCUACUUUGCCAGGCUGAAGAAGACGCGGCAGCUGAAGCAGGGCCAAUCGGAGAGAGUGGUGGCUAAGGAGAGCCUGUCAGAUACAGACUUGAAGGGAUCAGUCAUCUGUGAGCCCGCCCCUACUGCACAGCUUGACAAGAAAAACCAAGAAAGUGAAAAGCCCAGUAAAACUGAGAGAAGCUUGAGUGGAGAAUCGGUCGACAACUGCAAAUCCAGUGAACAGGCCAAGAAAGAGAAAAGAAAGCCUCCAGGCACUGUCGAGUACACGGUGGGAUCUAAGGACACCUUAAACAGCAUUGCAUUGCAUUUCAAUAUCACCCCAAAUAAACUAGUGCAGCUGAACCGUCUCUUCUCUCGCAGCGUGGUUCCAGGACAGAAACUCUUUGUCCCUGAUACAGGGCAGUCAGAGACGGCCAAGGUUUUCUCAGAUUCUGUGAACGUGGCAGAAAAAGAGUUCCAGGAUGACAGAUCAAGCUGCAGGCCGAGGCACCGGGAACUCUCUCCCCAUUCUGAGGAUGAGAGCCCGGUCAAAUUCCUCAAGAUGAGCUGCAAGUACUUCACCGAUGGCAUGGGAGUUGUUGGCGGUGUGAUGAUUGUAACGCCCAAUAACAUAAUGUUUGACCCGCAUAAGUCGGAUCCUCUAGUGAUUGAGCAUGGCUGUGAGGAGUACGGCCUUAUCUGCCCCAUGGAAGAGGUGCUGUCCGUGGCUCUGUAUGAUGACGUGUCCCGCAUGCAGCUCAAGGAUGCUUUGCCGUCUGACAUACCUCAGGAUCUGUGUCCAUUAUACAGGCCAGGUGAGUGGGUGGAACUUCCAUCUGAACAGGACCUGAACCCCUUCAGCCGCUACGAGGCCCUCGGCAAACCCAACCGCCCAAUCGUAUUGGAUGACAUUGAGACAGCGAAUGAUUGCCCCCCCGCUGACAAGUCACCAUCCGAUGAAGGCUUCACCGAGCUUGAGCUGUUGCAGAAUGACUCCGGAACCGAGAACGGAAGUACCGAAACUUCUCACUGUAGGCCUGAGACUUCCAACACUACCUGUCUCAGUCUGGAAGAGACAUCUUUACAUGAUCUGAGUCAUUCAGUGGAAACAAAAAUGAGUGUGCUGGUCCUCACAGACCAGAGAGCGGAGGCAGUGAGGUCGUGUGAUGCAGACCAUGUAGAGGAUGAGGAUGAAGGCGUUCAUAAUCGUUCCACAGAUGAGAUCGUAGAUCCGGUCUUAGAUGGGGACAAAAACAGCGCACUGUACACUGGAACAGAGCCUAGUGCAAAAGGACACAGGGUUACUGUAGUGGAUGAGCUGAAAGAUGCAGAGGAUUUAAAUAAGGCUAAGAUUCUUACUCAUGAUUCUCCGCAAGUGGAAGAAGUAGUAGUAGUAGUAGUAGCUGAGGAUGAAAAAAGAAUGGUAAGCUCUCGGGAUGUUGCUGUGGAUUCUGGAAAAUGUUCUUCUGGACCAGGCUAUGAAGAUGAUAAGGAGACAAUGAAGAGACCAAAUGCAGAUGAAGAGUUGAGCAAGAAGGAGGAAGAUUUGCAAAACAAUGAAACGGAGAUGUCAUGGCUGAUGAAAAGGAUGCAGGGCCCAAUUGAAGAUAUGCUACUCUGUGCCGAAGAGAAAAGCAAGAAACCACCUAUGUUCCUGUGCUUCAAAGUAGGGAAACCCAUGAAGAAAUCCUUUGCUACUGGUCGAACCUCUAGCCCCACCCACUUUUUUGGGAGUAGAGGGAAACACCCAGAGUACUGGUUUGCGGUACCACAGGAAAGGGUGGACCAUCUCUACUCAUUCUUCAUCCAGUGGUCUCCUGAUGCCUAUGGGAAAGAUGCACAGGAGCAGGGCUUUGUAGUCGUAGAGAAGGACGAACUUAACAUGAUUGAUAACUUCUUCAGUGACCCAGUGCCCCGAAAUUGGGAGAUCAUCACCAUGAAUGAAGCACGGAGGCGGCAGAGUUUUGGCACUUUUGAGGAUGAGGAACCAAUGGACCUAUUGUCUGUUCUGAUGGAACCCAGCAAGUUAUUUGAGGAUACACACAUUGAGAAGUUGGCUGCUCGACUUCCAGCUCGGGUUCAGGGUUAUCCAUGGAAGCUGGCCUACAGUACAGUGGUGCAUGGAACCAGCUUGAAGACUCUGUACAGGAACCUGGGGGAGCUGGACUGCCCUGUGCUGCUGGUCAUUAAAGAUAUGAACAAUCAGGUUUUUGGCGUGUUCUCUACUCACCCAUUCAGAGUUAGUGAGCACUAUUAUGGCACUGGGGAGACCUUCCUCUACACCUUCAGCCCUGAAAUUAAGGUGUUCCGCUGGACUGGUGAAAACUCCUACUUUGUGAAGGGAAACUUGGACUCUCUCCAGAUCGGAGGUGGAGGGGGUCAUAUUGGCCUGUGGCUGGAUGCUGACCUGUUUCAUGGAACCACCUCCAAAUGCGCCACUUUUAACAACCAACCACUGUCAUCACAACAAGACUUCACGGUCCAAAAUCUGGAGGUGUGGGCCUUUGAGUAAAGUCCUCAAAUGUAUACUCUAAUACACAUGCACACACACACACACAUCUUCACAUACCAUGUGAACAAAAAAAUAUAUAUAACACAAACAAAGAAACAUAAAAACAAACCUAAUGGCAAGUAAUAUAAUAUGCUGGAGACAUGGUCUACUGCUGGUUAUGUGGAGAUACUCUUCCAAAAAGGUUUCCAAGGCACUAGUUUUGACAUGAGACCAAACACUACAAGUUUACCAGGUUGUCUGUUGUGCUCAUUCAGAAUAGGAUGAAGGGUAAGAGAGAAGCAGGCUUCUGUUUGUACCUCACUUAGACUGCCUUAAUAUUGUACACCUAUCCCAGCAUGCGAUAGUAUAUACAAGCUCUGCAUAAAUAUAACCCUUAUAGGCUGUGACUGCAGAGCCUUAGCCAUAUUCAUCAUGCUAGUGAACCUUGGAAUGAGCUGAAAUUUUAUAUUUGAAAUUUUCUCCAAACUUCUGUGGAUUUGCCGAACAGGGACUAUGAUGAUGUUUACAAAAAGGAAGAUGAGAUCAGUUUGGUAUUGGUUAGGGGUUUUGGUGAAUCUUUAGUUCACUAAAAGCACGAGUGGCGUGACUGAUAUGGAUGCCAUUCAUGUGAAACACAUUCCAUUUAAUAAAAGCGAACUAUUUUCUUGACCAAAGCUUUUUAUUUAUGCCUUUCCAUGUACAUUUUUUGUUUGUUUGUUUUAUAUUGUUUGUGUGUUUUAAAUAUUUGAAGUCAUGUCUUUUUAAUUGAAAGUUAUAUAUAUACAUAUUUCCUGUAUGUGAGGAUUCUGUUCACUUCAGUUUUGUGUGUUUUAUAUGAUUUAUAUUAUAAGGACCUUGUUUGGUCAACAUUAAGCUGGGCACAUGGUAGAAGCAAUGUCAGAAUUACAAGUUUGUAACUGAUAAAAUUAUUGAUUAUUUCACUGUGGUUGUGUUCCAGUUCUCCCACUAAUACACACCAAUAUUAUUCACAAUGCGGUCUAAUGCCAGUCAGUACUUUAGUGAUGAAUAGUAGAAUCAUGAAUACAAGCCAGUAGUGGCAGUAUACUAGUCAUUCCAACAGGUCCCUGCAUGCUUUCAUUGAUGGUUUGUUGGCAUUUUAACUUUUGAUGGCAUUCCCAGUGAAUUUGUUUCUCUCAGAUUAUACUCUAGAGUUUGUUCAAAACAAAAGCUGUGAAUUAUGGAAAAUUAAUGUAAUGGUGCACUAUUAAGUGUAUGAAUGUUACUAACACUUGUUUAUUCUAUAAACAUAGAACAAGGAAGUUAAGUGUGUUGUAAAGGUUAUCUCUUGGUAUUGACAAGUUUGAACAAAGGAAACAAAAUUUAAAACUGACAGAAAUUCUUUUGAAUUUGAGGUGUCUGUCACAUGUUUGAUGGUUGGAUGAUGUUUAUCACUACACUCAGAAAUCCCUUUUCAUGCUUACCUAAACUAACACCAGAUACAUGUAGUGGUGUGCUUAGUCCACUUUUAAUUAAGCUUUGUUUCCUCAAUGUGAUUGUGAUCGGUCAGUUCAGUUUAAAACCGCAGUAUGUGCACUAAAUUCCUGCUAAUCUUUAAACAGCUCGCCAUGUUUAAAUGUCAAAUGUAAAAGGAAAAUAAAUAUGUCCACAAAAAUACAUUUCACUUUAAAUGUUCCAAAGUGUUUGUUCCAUGAAUCCAAAAUAUGUCCGGCUCUAUUUCACCCCUCCUAACUGCCAAGGGUAGAGUGUCGCACAACCCUGUGCAUGUGCGCUCAUAUCCUGAGAUCUUCCAACAAGGUCGUUAGGGCUGUAUGACACAGUACUCGCUAUAACUGCCAUCGCUGUCUUCUUCCAUCUCAGCUGUGCACAUGAUAUUACGGACUAAAUGAACACGGUAUGGAGACUUUUGCUUUGCAACUUGUGUCUGACAUGCAGGUGUUCCUUCCUCCAAAGCAAGGAUUAGCUUCUGCGUAUUUCUUACCACCAUGGUAAAUGUGCUUUUCUUCCAUAUUACAAGCAUUAUUCACACAACGCUAGUGGGUUCUGUAUGCCCUCUUAGCAACAAGUCAUGUGGUUGUUUCUCUUUUGCCAAUUUCUAUUCACCAUAUGAUUAGUGAUGCAUCAUUUUGUUUUUCCCUUGUCUCUUACCUCCUGGGCAUUUUCUCCUUUCUCCACAUUCCCCAGCAACUAGCUCUGGGCAACAGAGCUUGUGAAUAACACAUUGCUAGAAAAGUAGAGGGGCUCUCCUGCUAAUUUAGCUAGAUUCCAACUAUUUCACAGUUCUUUUGUGGCCAGUGGCAGUUGUGGUUCUCUGUGGCAGAGGCGAACAGCCCAUGAGGACCGGAUACCCUGACAUACAUCUUGCCUCACCAAUUAUAUCCUCCAGCACUCAUUUUCUCAACUCCACUCCUGGCUACAAAGUCCUACUCCUGGCACCAAAAUGGCCAGCAAGACGAGUCUCACUGCUUCUUUUAUCACUUGUUAGCUGACAGCUUCCUCAUCCCUGCAGAUCUGCUGCCUCAGAUAGUGUUCAACUUGCCUCCUAGAGUUCCUAGAAUUUUGAACUUUUUGUGACUGCUAAACAGCAGCAAGUCCCCAUCUACUGUAAAGGCUUAUGCAGCAGCCAUUGCAUCACACUACUGCGCUGUGGAUGGGUCCCAUAGACUUGGUUCCUUUCUGAAGAGGGGAAAAUACCACAAUCUUCCACGGGUCCCUUGGAGCCUUGUAUGGGACUCCCCCUUAGUGCUGCAGUCCAUUAAAGCCCCUCAUUAUGAGCCGAUGUGUAAAGAUGACAAGUGGAUGUCUUUUUGAAAUCUGUCUUCAUUCUAGCAGUUACUACUAUUCUUGCGAUAAGCUCACCUUGUAUGCGUUGACUGCAAGAUGAUUUGGGUGUGACCUUUCGACUUCAGGAUUUCUGCCCCUGCUCACGUUUGUAAAACAGUUUAUAUAAACAAGCCUUGCAGUCAGUAGAGGGUGAGUCUGCAAAGCAUUCAGUGUCAAAGUUCAGCCCACUGGGUGAUCAUUACCAUAGGCUACAGACAGUCUGAACUUCCUGGCCCUAUUGUGACAAGAACCUCCUACCAGGAGCAACUCCUACUCACAUGCUUUAUGUAGAGGUUCCAUUCCAUAAGUCUGUGUUCCUGCUACCAUGUGUAAGGUUAACCCUGUCUCUCUUGCUGACGUCGUCUUUGACAGUUCUUUGGCCACCUUUCAGGUUGUCCUAAGGCAAGGAUAAGUUACGUUGUUAACUGUUAUGACUGUGGUUCGGUCGUGCCCUGGAUAACCACCAGAGUUCCUUGUCAAGCAUCUCUGCAAGAAGGUUGUAGGGAAUGAUUGAUGUAUGAUGGAAGUAUUUAUAUCAAAUACUACGUCAUAGGUUACUACAUGACCUUGCUGGAAUAUCUCUGCAUGCCUGUACAUUCAACAACAUGGCAUUCAAGUGUUACACACCACCUCUGGCUGUUAUCAGGGCUUCAUAGAGCCGUAGCGUAACUAGUUAUAUGUUACCACCAAUGAAUGUUCUAUUUAUUGUUGUUAUGCUGAAUUGAAUUCAAUAAAAUAAUAAAUGUAUAACACAA